AUGGAUGGAAUGCAAUUUUCGCCUGAAAUAGUUGAUAUGGCACUAAAUCAGCUCUCAUCUCCAGACAUCGAUGCUCAGCUGGAAAGCUUAUCCUUAUUAGGAUUAAGUUUAAUUUCAGUUUCUCCCGAUGAAAUUGGCAGUUAUGGAAUUGAACGUGUUGUAAAUCCUGUUAUUGAGUUAUUCAAAACAUCAGAAUCUGAUUUUAUUGCUGAACAAGCUGCUUUAUGCAUAAGAAAUCUUUUAUCUAACUCUACUGAUGCAAUUUUUCCAAUUGCUAGAGCAGGGUUCAUACAAGCAGCCAAAGAAAAACUUGAUAACGGUUUCAGCAUUGAGCUAGCAGAGAAUGUUAUCCAUUGUUUCAAUUCAAUAGCGAAUUACACAGCCUCUACACUCAGCAAAAUCAUUGGCAUUGACAUAUUUUUCAAGUUCCUUGACUUCAUGACCAUCGCCGAGCAGCGUACUUCAUUGCAAACCGUUGCAGUGAUGACAGAGUACUAUCAAAGGUCCGAUUACGUGAAUUUCCUACCUAAUCUGUGCUCCCUGACAUGUCAGCAGGACAACAGGAUCGCCAAAUACUGCAUAAACGCAAUAGGAAACAUAAUAAAAGAGAUGGAUCUCGAUGACUUCCCAAUUGCUGACAUCGAAUCGCUUUCUACAGCGAUAACAACUACAACCAGCUCAGAUUUAGUAUACGAUAUCCUCAUAAUACUGAUCAGAUUGACAGAUUCGAAGAAAUGUACGGAAGCAAUUGCCAAAACGAACAUUCCAUACGACAGAUUACUAUUCUCAAAGGAUUUCCCAGACUCCAGACUCGAUAUCAUACAGAGAACCCUUUUCUUGUUCUCACAGCUCCUUCCCAGACCGAACUACCCAGAAAACAUACUCCUUGACGAACACGAUGCUCCCGAAUCCGCCUUGGAAUUCUCAAGAAAGGCCAGGGAACUGCUAAUCAGACACAUAAUCGAAAAUAACAACAAUGAACUGCUCGCUAUCUCGAAUCUUACAGCGUGUCUUAUGCUAGAACAGUUCGAAAUACCAUCCCAAGUGUUCGUGGCUAUAUCUGGACACGCAAAUAAGACAGAUAACGCGUGUAUAGUGUUGGAGUUCGCUUUGAACGUGGAAGAUAAGGCAAAAACAUCCCUUUACGGUAUUUCGGACACUUUGAGCCGGGUAAAGCCCUCAAAUAAGUCAAAUCUCGACUGGUACCAGGAAAAUUUGGCAAAAUUACAGGAAUCUGUCAAAGGAAAGGCCAGCAGUAUAUGCGAAGGUAAGACAUUCGAUUCAUUCGCAGAUAUUGUAGCGUUUAUUAAUGAAAACAGCUUCUCAUCAGCCGAAUUUUUCUCAUCUGGUCUUGCAAAGCAGUUCCAUCAACUCGCGAAGAAGACAGAGAGUGCAGAAGGCUUAGAUUUGAAGCCGUCGUACAAGCUUUUCGAAGAAAUCGCAACAUUUUUACCGGUAUACGAAGAAAGAGACCCAUUGGAAGGCCAACCGCUCACAAAAAUACCUUUCAUCGGAUAUAAUUUCAAGCUAAAACUUGGAGACGACGUUUACAAGACUCCAGACAUAUUAAUGACAAGUAUGUUCAUAUGUUUAGAGUUUUGGUUCAAUAUUAGCAUUCGUAAUUACUCAGUCGAAGAUUUGCUGAAGCUUAUCCAGUCAAAUCCUGUAUUUGCGAAGUAUUUGGACUUGAGAUUAAUGAAAUCUUUCACAUGGUCACAGCUAGGACUUCUUUGCAGGAUCCUUCGCCCUCCGAACUAUAAGUUCUACGCAUUCGAACUCGAUGGAACCCGGUUUUCAGCCCUUGCUGAGUGUUUUACUUCAAUAUCCAGACUUUGCUCAUCAUUAAAGGAAGUUUUCGACGGCAACGUCGUUGUAAAUCUCGUUGAAAUCGACUUGGACAACGAUGCCCCGCUCCAACUCAACGUGAAACACGAGAAAAUCACAGGUGAAAUGAAUUUGGCCCUAAAUUGUCUCAAAGAUUUACAAAAACUGACAAAUCCAAAAAGUGACAUGAAAUCUGCCAAGUUAGAAACUCGCAUGAAUAUGAUGUUACAAUCACCUGUACUAAGCAUGAGUUUCUUUUCUCCUGCAAUGGCGAUAAUUAGAAAAUGUCCAUUUUUAUUCAGCGAGCAAUUGAAGUUCUACAUAUUCCAAAUUGCAUCUCUUGACCUGUUCUCAUCUCUUCUCCACUCUUCGAAGGUGAUUAUGAAAUCAAAUGAAAAAUUCACCGAGGGAAGAGUGACUUUUUCAUGCACAGUGUCAAGAGAAAGCCUCUUUGAGGACGGAUUGGCCGUUCUAAACAACUUUGGACCAGGACCAUCCCACUUGGUCAUCGGAUUCCAGGGAGAAGCUGGUUACGGAUCAGGUCCUCUCAGGGAAUUCCUCAAUCUAAUGUCCAGGGAGUUCAUGAAGAAGUCAUUGAACAUGUGGAGAAACGAGGAUCCGAAAUCCGAAUUUGCUUUCACGAAAGACGGACUUUUCCCAUCUCCUGCCGCUGACAAGAAGCUGUUCAGAACACUCGGAGUAUUGUUUGGCAAGGCUCUGGCUUCAGAUGUCGUUCUUCCGAUACCUUUAUCGAAUAAUUUCCUCAGACUCGUUCUCGGAGACUCAUUAACUGUUUCGGAAGUCGACAAGAUGCUGGACAAAAGCCUCAACUCCGAUAAAACAGCUUUGUAUGGUCUUCCUUUCACUUAUCCUGGCCUUGACAACAUAGAACUUGUUCCAGGAGGAUCAGACAAGGAAGUAAAUGCGGAGAAUGUUGACGAGUACAGGAAAUUGGUCGAAGAAUUCACUGUAAGAGGAAAUGUUCUUGAAUGCGCCUUGGAAUUCAAGAAAGGAUUCUCUAGUGUUGUUCCUUCUCCAAUGUGGGAUUUAUUAAACUCGCACGAACUCCUCCAUUUGCUUACUGGAUCAGAAGUAAGUUUAUCUUUCGACGAUCUCGUCGAUUCCAUCGAUGUAGAGCAUGGUUUCACAAAGAACUCACCUCAGAUAUCGAUGCUGUUCAAGUUGAUCGUAAAGAUGCCUUCAAAUGAACAGUCUUUGUUCGUAAAAUUCGUAACAGGAAGCGAAAGACUCCCAAUUGGAGGUUUGGGAUCAUUGCAGCCAAGGAUCUCGAUUGCUAGAAAGACUCCUGAGGGAAAGGAAAGCGCAGAUUGGCUUCUUCCGUCUGUUUCAACUUGUUCUCAUUAUUUGAAGAUUCCGCCGUACUCAACAAUCGAAGUAAUGAGGGAAAAGUUGUUGUACGCAAUAUACGAAGGACAAGAUGCAUUUUUGUUAACAUAA